AUGGAAAGUGAGGACACGAAGAAAAUACAAGAAAUGAAGACUGACCUGAACUUAUUAUUGGAGUGUCUGAAGUAUCAAAUGGACAAUGCUUUUUCGCAAAAGGAAGCUCUGGUCACUAUUCAUUCAAUUUGCCAACAAAACAGUAAUGCAGGUCUUUAUUUUCGGGAAAUUGGUGGUUUGAUAUUUGUAAAAAAUCUUGCAAAGUCAAGUGAACAUAGUAUGGUAAAAGAAGCAGCAUUAUAUACAUUAGGAGCUGUUGCAGAACAAAAUGUUUACUGUCAGCAGACUUUGUGCACUUCAGAAUUGUUUGAAGACCUAACUUGGUUCUUAUCUAACAAUGAUUCAAACACAAAUUUGAAAAGAAUGUCUGUCUAUGUUAUUUUGGUUCUAGUUUCAAAUAAUAGGACUGGACAGACGCUUGUGAGAGAAACAGGUUGUAUUUCAGUUCUAUCACAGUUGUUCAAGACAGUUCUUUCAAAAUAUGAGUUGAAUUUGUCAGAUGAAAAUGUUUUCCAGAGUUAUCAGUUGUGGUCUUCAGUGUGUAGUACUCUGUGUGUCUGUGUCAACAAUCCUCAAAAUGAUGAAAAUCAAAUGCUUUGCUCUUCACUUUUUCCACAUGCUAAUGACUGGCUAAUAAAUUGCAUGAAACCUGAGAUAAUUCGCCCUAUUUGCUCAUUCAUUGGACUCACGGUUGCAAAUAACACAUACGUGCAGAAAUACUUUAUAUCUGUGGGUGGACUGGAUGUAUUGUCUCAAGUUCUUGUGCAGUUGGAAUCUGAUUCACACAAGACUCUUUCCAGUGCUAAGCUUGCAGUGGUGGUGACAAAGACAGUGGAUGCAUGUAUUGCUGAUAAUCCUACUUUUGGGGUAGUACUAUCCAAGUACCACAUUGUUUCAAAACUUCUGGCAUUACUGCUUCAUGAAAAUCUGGAUUCAGGAGAAAAAUUUAGUAUCAUACUUACUGUUGGUCAUUGUACAGAGGAUUGUGAGGAAAAUCAGUAUGACCUUUUUAAAAGCAAUGGGCUUCCACUCAUGAUACAAGUCUUAACUGAAUCUCAGAACGAGGAACUAAACAAAGCUGCCACUUUUGUGCUUCACAACUGCAAAAAAAUUACUGAGAAGUUAUCUCUAAGUCUAGGAGAAUAUUCUUUUGAUGAAAAUGAAGAACAAUUAAAGGACAUAAAUAUGAAAGAGAAGAAUCUUGAAGAUUACUGGAAGAAAGCGAAGGAAAUUCUACACAGAAUAGAACAGCUUGAAAGAGAAGGAAAUGAGGAAAGAGUACAAAGAGAAAAAUAUAAGGAUUAUGUUUCAUCUGUGAACAUAAAUAUUCAAAAUACGUUGAAACACCUCCAUGCAGAUAGCAGUGGUGGAAGUCCCAAAGCAGAAGAUAAGGAUAAAAGCCAGUCUAGAAAGCUUCAGAGUUAUAUGUCCCCUGAAGUCAUGUCUAAAGCAUGUACAAAUGAUGAUCAAAUGAAGACCCUGUUAAAGAGUGCAAAUCCAGUUAAUGCUUGUUAUAGGGAGAGUGGGCAAAAUAAGACUUUAUGUAAAGCCAAUUCAAGCUGCAAUCGAAACUUACGUGAAGAAACAACUUUUGAAAAAAAGAAUUUUGUUUCUCAAUCAAGCGACCAUAUUUUUAAACAUCCAACUCCUAUUGCCAAAAACACAAAGCAGCAGUUACCAGUAACAGAUCCAUUUACAUUAUGUUCAGAUAUAAUAAAUAAAGAAGUCAUUGGUUUUCUAGCAACAGACAAUUGUUCCAAAAUAUUGAAGUCUAGAUGCUCAGGUUGCAUAGCAGUAGGAAAAUCCCUGAAUAGCCGAAAUUUUAGCAAGCUGUUACACUCUUGCCCAUACCAGUGUGAUCGUCACAAAGUCAUUGUGGAAGCUGAAGACAGAUAUAAAAGUGGACUAAGGAAAUCACUUAUCUGUAACAAAAAAAUUCUGCUGACCCCAUGUAGAAGACGAAAACUCAAUAAUGAAUCUACUACCCCUGGAGGAAUAAUACGCGGGCCUCUCACUACUGUGGCCUCUCCCAUUGCGGAGCACAGGCUCCGGACACCUGCAGGCUCAGCGGCCAUGGCUCACGGGCCGAGCCGCUCUGCAGCAUGUGGGAUCUUCCCAGACCGGGGCACGAACCCGUGUCCCCUGCAUCGGCAGGCGACUCUCAACCACUGUGCCACCAGGAAUCUUAUCAUGGAUGGCACCCUGAAUUGGCUGGGUCAGGGCAGGAGAUUGGGGCGGGUCCCUAGCAGCCUCCUCUGGUGGUCCUUGCUCAUCAGCCCUCUCUGGGCCUGGUCUUUUAACAAGCCUCAACACUAUCAUCCAGCCUACAUUUCACUUUCUUGUCUAUGA